GAAAUGCUCACCCGGUGCAUUGUAGAAGUCCUUUUGACUGGUCUGUCGAAAGCCAGCGGUCCCGUCAAUCCACAGUGCAAGGAGCUUCUGCAGAAAAGCAACCACCAAAAGCAAGAAGAACAAAAUGCAGGCCAAAAUCUGGAACCUGACACAAAACACUUAACAGAAUCAGAGGAAUUGGGAAAAUUGUCAGAAGGGAAUGUGAGGGGAGAACAAAAUCUAAAGGAGGAAGAAUCUAAAAGGGAGGCAGGAGGAGAUGAGACAUGGCACAUGGAGGGAGGAAAACAUGGGGAAAACAGCAACCCACAAGGCCCCCAUUCUUUUGAUGAAGCUCAUAAAGAAGAAAAAGAGGAUGAUGGUGAGAAAAGAAGUGAGGAUGGUGCCUAUAAAAGAAAGGAUCCCAGUGAAGAAGGAAGCAAAGAAAAGAAACACAGAGAAGAGGCAGAACGUGACCUUAUAGAUAAAAAGUCCCAUCCCACAGCAGGAAGGGAGGCUGAAGAGGACUACAAGCAUUCUGGGGAGCAAAGGUACUUGGAGGGAGUCAUACAUAGCCAAGAAAAGGGAAAUGAAGAAAGCAAGGAAGAAGAUACUGAAGAAGAUGAAGAGGAGAGCAGUGAAAGAUAUCACCACAGUGUUCACCAAGAAUAUGAAGACUCUUCUGAGAGGGGAGAAACUGACAUAGAUAAACGAAGCCAUAAACCAAGGCAUUACUAUCGGAAACCGAGACUGGGCAGCUCCUCUGAAUACAAGAAAUAUCAUAAAGGUGAGAAAAAGGCAUCGCUCGACAGGUCGAGUGAGGAAGAAAGUGAGUUCUGGGAUAAAAGGAGCCACUACCCUAGACACUAUUAUAAGACAGGACCUCACUUUGAGGAGAAGAGAAACUCUGAUGAGAUCCAUGGCUCUGAGGCAAUGGAGGAAAAGUUAAGGAGUAAAGAGUUUCAGACCAGAUGGCCUCAUGGCAGAGAGUACAAUGAAGAGGAGGACAUGAGGCACCACGGCAGGGAGAAUGAUGAGAAAUGGCACCACUUUGAGAGAAAAAGACUCCCUGACGAGCCAGAAAGUGAGGUGAGGCACCAUUACGAGGAAAGGUCGCCUCACAGCAAAGCAAGUGAGGAAGAUUCAGGCAAGCCACAUACUUACAGUGGCAGAGAUGAGAAGAGGCCUCAGCAUGGCCAAGAGCAACAGCGUUCUCAGCUGGAGGAGAUGCUGAAGGCACAGGAUAUAGAGAAGGAGGGAGGGGAGCAGAGGCUCUACAGCCAUGAAGAAGUUCCUCAGGAAGACAAAAGGCGCAAUGCUUAUGGUGGUGAGGAAGAGCUGGAAAAGAGGCGCCACGUUGAGAGAGAGAAGCAUGUUGGCAAUAAAAGGACACUGCUGAUGGAGGAAGGCUAUCCAAGAAGACACUACCUUGUAGAAAACGUGAAAAGAGCAGUUGCCCCCUACAUUCCAUACUACCAACAGCUCCGGUGGAAGAGCAGAAACACUGAGAAGAAGGACGAGGCCACUGAUCCAUUUCUGGAAGGCGAAGAAGAGCCCAGUUCCCGCCUGAAAGAGAGAGAUUUCUUUCCUGAGUAUAGCGACUAUGACAUGUGGGAGAAGAAGCCGCUUAUGGAUGGCCUGCAUCACAAGCAUAAUGAGAACAACCAUCUUGAGAGGAGCCACCAACUGGAUGUGAAAAGGCAAUAUAACCGGAUGGAUGAACUGGCUCACCUUCUGAGCUACCGUAAGAAAUCGGCUGAAUUUCCAGAACCGUACAGCUCCAACGAAGAAGUGAAAAGGGGCCACAUCGUAAGGAGUGACGAGGCUAAGCUCAGCCAGAGGCCUCUGACACAGGAAGAGGAGAAAGAACUGGAAAAUCUGGCUGCCAUGGAUUUGGAACUGCAGAAGAUUGCCGAGAAAUUCAAUAAUAAUCACAGAGGAUGA